AUGAACGACAUAUAUGCUGACAUGCCGCCCCUAGUUGAUGCGAACAAUAUGCCGCAGCCAAGGAUACCCCCUCCAGCAAACGCGACAUUUACGGCAAAUUAUCCACCCCCACAGAGCGCAUUCGCUGGCCAGGGGUGGAAUGCGCCACCUCCACAAAACACAUUCGCUGGCCAGGGGUGGGGUGCACCACCUCCACAAAACGCAUUCGCUGGUCAGGGGUGGGGUGCACCACGUCCACAAAACGCAUUCGCUGGCCAGGAGUGGGGUGCGCCCAUGCCUCAGCUGUAUCCUCCAUUCCAGGCAGCAGCCCAAGAAGAACAGGCAAGGUGGGCCCGAUACUGGCAAGCUCAGGUUGCGCCAGCUCCGCUAUCUGUGCCAAGUCCUUAUGUACCACACCUGCCCAUGAAUCCUGAGACCGUUCAACCUAAUAUCCGCAGGCGCAAUAGCAUCGGUGCAACUGGCCCUUACAACGCACAACAAGCCGCGGCGUGGAAUGCUUGGGGGCCAUUGAUGUUCCCUAACCAGGCUAGACCUCCCAUUCAAACAUUCCCAAGUACAAGUUCAUACACACCCUCAUCCGCAGUCUCUAUGACACGGUCAUUAUCUGCAGCAUACGUGCCUCCAGAUUGGCCGGGAGAGCGCCCAAAAAGCUGGAGACGCGGCUUCAAAUUCAAGUCGGGUAUUUCAUCCCUACUAUUCCGAAGUAAGUCUGUAUCAAGACCACCCGAUCCAUCCACCGAUAGCGCCCAGCUCGACCUCGCUCCUGUCCUGCGACACGACAGAGCUGUAAUCCUCGAUCUCCGUCGCAGCCAACACUUGCUUGUAAUUCGAGCGCUGGGGCGCCCAGUAGUCGCAAACGACUUGAUGAAACCGAGUACAAACCCGCCGACGUUGUUCAUGCGCCUCUAUCACACGCGCUUACCGUGGUACAUUGAUGUCGUGCCGUUAGGCAAUGGUUCCUACGUCACACUGGAUGACGUGUUCAUGACUAUAUGCCAAUUCCUAGCUGGACCGAUACGCAAUGAGGAUUACUACAACGAUGAGCUAGAUGCCGAGGACAAGGAGCAGCUUAGGCUGGCGUGGGAGACGCGUUGUAACAGCAAGAAAGAACGGAUGGAGGGGGUGAAGCGAGUUGAUUUUUUGCGAGAAAAGCACAUGUUUCUGGGGUUGGCUCGCGGCAAGAACGGCAUGUGGCAGCUGCGUACAGGAAAAGAUUACUUGUAG